AUGUCUCGAAAUGAUCAACCUUCCCUCAGCCAAUACUUUGGCUCCAACGAGAAUUCAGAAGAUCGCACAGACUUUUCCAAAGAAGUCACAGAAGCUACUGCUGAAAUUAUCAACUUGAAACUGGCAGACGGUAAAAAAAUUAUUGCAAAAAAUGAGCCAGAGGUUUGUCGACUUUUUUCUGAACCCACACCCCAAGCUAGGGACCCCACAGCUGCAUUUUUCGAUCUAAUUGGAAGUAAUCAAAACACUGGAACAAAUGGAAUCAUAUCAGACCUAGGGCUACCAACAAAUAAUGAAGAAAGCUACAGUAGCUCUAGACUGGCGAUAGGCAGUGAAGCAGACAGAAGACGAGAUGCUUGGAUUUCUAGUGAGAAAACAAGGCAGUGUUUGAUAGCAGCUGCAACUGCUAGUCCUGGUACUUAUUUCCCUAAUAGAGAAAUGCUUACAAUGCCUGGAGUUUUAUUAGAAGAAGAAUUGGGUGAUGCAGUUGGUGAAGCAGUCUCUAUGUGUCUUGGUGAAGCAGAGGCUGCCCAAAGACGUGUGCUCAGUGCCAGUGAUGUUACUCAAGAUGAAAGGGGGCUCAGAGAGCUAGUGCAAGCUGGGGCUUAUCGAGCUGCUAUCAAUCUUACUGCAAGGCUCUUGACAAUAUAUGGGCAAGGUAUAGGUAGGGCAGGACAUCCCAGUAAGCAUUCCCCACAUUCCUUACAGCUGUGGUUCACAAGAAUAGCCUUGUUGGUCAAAACCAAAGCAUAUGGGGUGGCUAGCAUGGAAGCAGAAGCCUUUGGACAUUUGGACAAGCCUGACUUGUAUUACCAGUUUUACCCUGAGAUGUAUGGGGGUCGUUUGGGUUCUAUAGCCUCCUUUUCAUUCCGUCUGCUUCUGGCAGAGCUUCCCAUGCACUGUGGGAAGCCCAAGGACUCUGUAACAAGACUGUUCAAUACCUUGGCCACUGUCAGACAAAUUCUGACCAAUCUGAGGAAGGGCCUUUGUGAAGAUGGGAGCCCUAUGGAGCUAGGGGAAUCAGACAGGAGUGAUUCUCUGAGGUUGUGGAUUGGGAGGGAAGUUAGAGUUAUGCAUUCUAUCAUAAAUUGUGCCUUAGUUCUGAAAGAUUAUGAACUGGCCAUGGAUUUGCUUGGACAGCUGUGUGAGAGGGAUGGGGCUCCAAGGCAUGCCUUACUGUCUGCUCUAGGGCGUUUGCAUUUGCAGCUAGGAGAUGUUUCUGGUGCUGAGGUGUGCUUCAAUGAAGCUGCAGAAGUGAAGGGGGCCACACCUGGUGUGAGAGAACUGGUUGACAGAGGGCUCUUGUGUAUUGCUCAAAGUGCAUUUGAUGAAGCUUACACCUAUUUCCAAAAGGCCAGCUUAUUGGAAUCUUCAAAUGUCAUGAUUUUGAACAAUAUGGGCGUAUGUCUUCUAUACGGCGGACAUUUGAAGGAGGCCAUCCAAGUAUUAGAGUCGGCUAUCACGUCAAAUCCAGUCCACGCGUUACACGAAUCUCUGCUGUUGAAUUUGUGCACCCUGUACGACAUGGAGUCUUCUAAGGGUAGAUUGAAGAAAUUCGCCCUUCUCAGGCAGAUUUCCCGAUAUCAGGCCGAUGCUCCAGCAACUAUUUUAGAAAAAUUGUAUGGAUAG